CGAGCCGCUCCAGGGAUGCUGUCAGGGCCGGCGAGCCUGCCCUAGGAGCUCUCGCGACCUGAGACCGGAGACGCAGCCGGGGAGGUCCUCGGCGGGGAGGCUGUGCUGUGUCUGGGGGGCCCCUCUGAGCCCCACAUCCAGAGCUUCUCUAGAGGGUCUGGGAGGAGAAGACUGCGCCAUGGAGCGGCCCAAGGUCACCCCGUACCUCAUCUUUGCCACCAGUAUCGCCGCCAUCGGCUCUUUCCAGUUUGGCUACAACACUGGAGUUAUCAACGCUCCCGAGAGGAUCAUAAGGGACUUUAUCAACUACACUUUGGAUGAGAAGUUAGAAGAACCUCCCAGCCCUUUUCUGCUCACAAAUCUGUGGUCCUUGUCCGUGGCCAUCUUCUCCGUGGGCGGCAUGAUUGGCUCAUUUUCCGUGGGACUCUUUGUCAACCGCUUUGGCAGGCGCAAUUCAAUGCUGAUCGUCAACCUGCUGGCUGUCAUCGGCGGCUGCCUCAUGGGGUUCUGUAAGACGGCCGAGUCGGUGGAGAUGCUGAUCCUGGGCCGCCUGGUGAUUGGUGUCUUCUGCGGGCUCUGCACGGGUUUUGUGCCCAUGUACAUUGGGGAGAUUUCGCCCACUUCCCUGCGCGGGGCCUUUGGGACCCUCAACCAGCUGGGCAUCGUGGUCGGGAUCCUGGUGGCUCAGAUCUUCGGCCUGGAGGCCAUCCUGGGGUCUGAAGAGCUGUGGCCUGUGCUCCUGGGCUUCACCAUCAUCCCUGCCAUCCUCCAGAGCGCGGCUCUCCCGUUUUGCCCCGAAAGCCCCAGGUUCCUGCUCAUUAACAGACAGGAAGAAGACAGCGCUAAGAUGGUCCUCCAGCGGCUGUGGGGCACCCAGGAUGUGGCCCAGGACAUCCAGGAGAUGAAAGAGGAGAGCAUCCGGAUGUCACAGGAGAAGCAGGUCACGGUGCUGGAGCUCUUCCGGUCCCCCAGCUACCGCCAGCCCAUCAUCAUCUCCAUCGUGCUGCAGCUCUCCCAGCAGCUGUCCGGGAUCAAUGCUGUGUUCUACUACUCGACAGGGAUCUUCAAGGACGCGGGGGUCCAGGAGCCCAUCUACGCCACCAUCGGCGCGGGGGUGGUUAACACCGUCUUCACCGUGGUCUCUGUGUUUCUGGUGGAAAGAGCCGGGAGGAGGACUCUGCACCUGAUAGGCCUUGGAGGCAUGGCUGUCUGUUCGGUCCUCAUGACUAUUUCUUUACAACUAAAGGAUGCGUAUAAUUUCAUGAGCUUAGUCUGUAUUGCCGCUAUCUUGAUCUACGUGGCUUUCUUUGAAAUUGGACCGGGCCCCAUCCCCUGGUUUAUUGUGGCUGAACUCUUUAGCCAGGGACCACGCCCAGCUGCAAUGGCGGUGGCUGGUUGCUCCAAUUGGACCUCCAACUUCUUGGUUGGACUGCUGUUCCCCACAGCUGCACACUAUUUAGGUGCCCAUGUUUUCAUCAUCUUCGCUGUCUUUCUCGUCCUCUUCUUCAUCUUCACCUUCUUCAAAGUUCCUGAGACCCGAGGCAGGACUUUUGAGGAUAUCACACAGGCCUUUGAGGGGCAGGCUGUGGAGACCAACAAGUUAGGGAAGAGCUCCGGGAUGGAGAUGAACAGCGUCCAGCCCACCGAGACCACCACACACGUCUAGGGCGCGCCUCCCUCCGCCUCCCUCCCGACACUCGGAACAGGAACCUCUCCCGGCUCGGGGAGACCUCAUCAGGACGGACCAGGACUGCUUCUGGAUGCUGCUACUUGAUCGCUUCUUCAUCCCACAUACCCGCAGGCAUCGGAUGAGCCCCUUGCUGGGGGAGUUGGCUCUCAAUGGCUUUUUGUUGGUCAGUGAACCUACCUUCAGGUGGGAGCGGCUGCUUGGCGGGUGACAGCUCUGCCAGCCCACCCUCCCUUAGGUUCUGACACUGUCAGGGCACAUGGGGAGGUGAGUUAGGGCGCAGCUUCCCCAACCUCAGCGUAACUGAAAGCAGACAGCCGGGAGGGUGUGGGUGGCUGAGGAGGGGAUCAGCUGACCCCCUCAGAAUCCUUCCUCUCCUGUACAGCUCUACACAGCAAAGGAACUUGAGUUUAUUUAUUUUACCUUCCGGUUUUAUUGCAUAAAUAUUUAUUUUUUUAAGUGUGAAGUAAUUUUACCAAAGAAUGCAAGGAAAUUCAGGUCAAAGGGAGGCAUUUGAAGAGGGGUUGUAGCAUAGGAGACGACGCUGGAGUGGUCGGGGCGUAACCAGCGGGGAGGAUUUCGGGGGAGAAAUGAAUUUUUGAAAGCUGAAAGAGGCAGUGGUACCCGAGGUGUGCGUGUCGCCUCUCAGCAGUUUCUGUCUUUAGGGCAUAAAGGAAGCGCCUAUGUUUAUUUCUGGGAAAGGUUAUGUGCCUGUUUAAAGCUCCUGGUUUCCCUUCUAUACUGUUAUAGUUUAUACACACACACAUAUGUACACAUAGUGUUACUUGAAACCUAGGAUUGUUACUAAGAUAGUGUUGUAGUUAAUGGUGGGUGAUGGGUUCUAAUUUUGCUUGGAGUCCAGAGGAGGAAGUUGAUUUGUAGAAAACUCCACCACCCCUCGCUGGACCAAAUAACUUCCUUCCCUUGUGGUGGUUAGAGCCAUCCCACUACCCAGCUGGGAGAGAAGCCCCCAGCUGAGAAACCCGAAACGUUGCUUCAGUGGUCUGGGGUUUCUCCACUUUGUUUCGUAGGAGAUUUUAGGUGUUGGUUUUUAUUUUGUUUCAACCUGUAGCUUUAAAAGAGUACAGGGAUGGAGUUUGAGAUUGUUCCUAAGCAGUGUAGAAGCUGUGGGAGAAUUUUCCUGAGUGAUUAUUUACCCAGUCUAAGUGUUUUCGUUGUUCAGGGUCAUGGCAUGCUUGUCUGUCUUACCAUGUCCAGGUACACCUGUUAGCAUGUUGUAGUGAUGCUGUGUCAGGUGCCCUCUGGGGACUUCCAUCUUCAAGAGUAUGAGUGGAGGUGCAGUGGAGCCCACACUGAGCAUGAAUGUAUGCACUGUCACUUUGCUCUGGCUGGAAGUAGUAUACUGUUGAUUUGUUUUCUUUAUUCCCAUAGCCCUCUUUUGGAUAGAAUAUACUUUAAAAAACAAACAAACCUUCACUUCUUCCCAUGUAAAUAACACUGCUUCUGCUGGGUGGAGCUUGCAUCCAGAAAUCUGGCUCAUGACUACCAUUUUCUGUUGAAGUUGGUGGGAUGGAGAGGGAAAGGUGAUCAGGGCAUUUGACCUUUGGAGGAGCCGGGGAGAGAUGGGACAUCCCUCGAAAGGGAGAAGAAAUGAAUGGCAGAAGGAGCGGCUGGCUUCUCUAGGGCGAUGGCUGUCCCGCCCCAGGUCUUGCUUCCUGCGGCAUCACCUGGUCUCCCCAGAACCUCACAUUCAGACUGGGCCCUGGCCACACCCUCCCUCCCCUCCCUCUCCUUGGUGCUCACACAUUUCAGACCCCUUAGCAAGACCCAUGCAGGUGACAGUGUUGGAGUUUUCGUCCUUCCCUCUGGUCAUUUGAGCCUUUGGAUGAAAACUCGCUUGGCUUGGAGGGCUGGGGUGUUGUUGGGAAGGGCGACCUUCCUCUGACUGCACCUCUACUUCCGGCUCUUGAGACAGUUGGUUGGCAGUAAUGUCAGGUGGAGUUUCCUUCCCCCAUAUCUCAGUGACCAGGCUGUGAAUAUUUCCAUAUGAAUUUUUCUAUUAUUGAUGUUUCUGUGGUUGUUUUGAAAUAAAAUUUCUAAAAGUA